CCUAAGCGCGGGGGAAGGGAGCGGGGACGGGGACGGGCAGCCCCGGGCGCUGCGGAUCCCAGCUAGCCAUGAUCCCCAUAUAUUCCAUGAUGGGUCCUUUCAGAGGACACAUGAAUAUCAAAAGUAGCCAUCUUUUGUACCAACUACUAAAGAAAGGUGUACAGUGGGAAUGGUCUGAGCAACACACGGAGGUAGUAUCCCAACUAAAACAGGCCAUUAUCAAGGCUCCGGUGUUGAUCACUCCAAAUCCUGAAAUACCCUAUCAUCUGGAGGUAGUGGUCGCAGGAGCAACUUCCUCCUCAGGACUUAAGUGAACAGCAUCAGACGAAAUCGCAACAAUUGGAGCCCAGCAGUUUGCAACCAUGAAAUUGACAUUGAUAUUUCUGACUUAUUACACCCUUAUUGUUGCUCUAAGGGUAGGACUAAGCCAAAAUCUUAAGUCUGAAACUGAACUAUUGCAACCCCAGGAAACCAGACGACCCAAUCGUACUCAGUUGUCUGAGCCCAAGCAACAGAACGUACCAACAAAGAAGGAACGAACUAUUAUACUUAAUCCAGAACUUAUCAACAACCUGAUUCAACAGGUUAAGGGAACCAGGGGGGAGGAUGUUACUUUUGAAUAUCAAUUGGUGGAAGUAACUGCACUACCCUCUAGUGGUUGGAAAAAGAUGAGCAACUGUUAAGUUGGUAUUGUCCUAAAUGUUUUCAAAAGCUGGAAAAGGAAAGAUCCACUUGUUUGGAUGCAUGCCAGCAUUUGUCAGUGGGUGCUAUGAGAGAAAUAGGAUCUGUGACACCUCACCCCAAUCGAGACAGUUGUUCUCUUGCAAAAGAUUGUAUAAUGACACGGUCUUUGUAUGUUUCAUUCACGGUCUCGUUACCAGUGUUUGACCCAGACAAGGAUGUGUACAGGCAAUUGGCUGCUAUCCAUUCUAUAGGUCACCUCGAAGAUGACAUCUACAGGGAACGUAUUAAUGCACCUCUCCUGGUAGUCUAUCAUACUCCAACUCAGACUUGGAAAGUACCACAGAUGGCCUGUUGUUCUGAAAAAGAACCUCAGUAUAUCUGUAGAUGUAAUGUGUUUGAAUUAGACACUGUUUUGUGUGAACUACAGGGAGAGAAAGCACAGAACUCAUCAUUGUCAUGCCUGGUGAGGCUGACCACAUGGAAGACUCCGAUGGAGAGGGUGACCUAUGCUGGAAGGAACCAAUUUUGCGUGGUUACCAACCAAAAGAGAUACCAGUAUGGUCCCUUGGAGUGUCCUGUCACAGAGCCAAACUUCUGUUUUACCCCAAAACAACCCACUGUAAUAGGAAAUAAAGCUAUUUCCCCUAUCCCUACUUUUGAGAACAUUACCAUUAUUCAGUCUACCCCUGAUUAUCAGAAUUUAACUAUUCAAAGCACACCCACUUUUCUGGCCUAUAUUCCACCACUAGGGUUACAACUAAAAUCAUUAAUGACUCGUAAGGAGACUCACCUCAUUCAAAUUACUAAUAAUAUGGACAAAGCCCAACAAGUUAUUACCCAAUUAAUGAAUGAAGGUAAUGAACUUGCAAUAACUUUCAGAGAAAAUUUCAGAUUAAAAGAAUGGGUGAUUAUCCAAGGAAUUGGGAUUGGAAUUAAUUUCCUUAUUUUAGGUUAUAUGCUGUAUAAACGCAACAAACCCAAGCCAAAAACUAGGCAGAGACCUAGACAGAUACCUAGACAAACUCCCAAACAAAUGCAUAGACAAGCACCACCUGGGGAUGAACAUGACUAUGUAUACAUGGUGCCCAUUCCAGAUACAUACCAAAAUUUGCCCAAGCAUGAAACUAAAAAGGGCCCCACAGAUAUUAAAUCCUAGGUGACGGGGUUUCUUGUUGCAAACCACCCCGUCAAAGGGGGGCGUGUAGCCCUGAGGAUUAAUCUGUUGGUCUGUAUAAAAUGUCUUUUUGAUAAAUUUAAGUAUGUAGGCUUUAUAGAAUUAUAGAUUUGCAAUAUCUGAAAUGCAAGAUAGACAUUUAGGUCAGACAUCCGGUGACGUUAAAGGUAACCUUUGAGGACCCUUCCUCAGAAAAGUAAUAAUAGACAAAUUACCUACGCAAAAGUCUGGAGACCUUUGGCUAGGCCAAUAGCAGUAAAGGGUGGAAAGUGGGGAUUUUUGCCCACAAAUCUAACAAGUACACCACAAAUGCUUACAUAUCUGUCACUCAUAUGCACACAUAUGUUAGUCUAUGAGGCAUGUGUACCCUAACAUUUCCGUGGGGGAAAGACGAAACUUGGGCAUAGGAGGGAGGAUGUCCGAAUAAAUGCUCUAUAAAAAGGUGUGACAAUUCACCAUUAGGCAGGCGAUACACCCAUCUACUUUCUGUUCCUGUCUCCCAUCGUCUCAUCUUAUCAUCUCCGCAUUGAUGCUACCCCCCCCAUGAAGGCUGUUAACUAUUGAUAGGCUGUGGUAUUAUUUCUUUUCAAAGCUGUAAGUAUAAAGGAAUCUAAUUUCUGUUUUACCUUUCAAAAAGCAUCUAGUUUAUAUAGCGGGUUAAACUCAUACCCAGUCUUUUUAUCAUUUCCUUUAUCAUAAGUGUUAACAACACCCAAAGUGCUACUGCACAGAGUGAGUGUAUUAUCAUAAAUAUAUCUCUUAAAGAACUGUGAUAUUUUGUAACUUUGUAAUCUCAAACUGUUUUU